AUGGAGUGCGGACCUUCAAAUGCGAUACAGAACCUUGCCAAGCACUCCCAACGGGAUACGCUGCUCCAGAACCAGUUCCGCGGCCAGCAGCCGGGACAGGGACGCCAGUUCCGCCAGGGCCCCGUCGCCGAUCCCCGCUUAAACCGCGAGUUUGCUGAGUUUGCCGGGCCCACCAAUGCUCCUGGGUUCACCGCUACCCCUAUAGCUCACCAGAGCGUGCCUCGAAGCCAGGUUCAGCCGCACCAGCCUGGUCCGGCUUGGGUGGAAGAUUUCGGUAAAAUGAAGCUUGAAUCAGGCCCCCAACAGGGGCAAACGGCUGAUUGGAGCCGACAGUUUCAGCAGAGCCAUCCGCAGAUGGGUCAGAUGGGUCAGAUGAACCAACCAGCAAUGACUAAUGGCCAGCAGAUGCGAUCAGCGCCGAUGAUGGGGCUGAUGGGGCUGAUGUACCACGGCAUGCCCAUGGCCUCCCAUGCUCCCAUCGCUGCUCCCCAGUUUCAAAACCAGCUGGAACACCAGCAGAACCACAAAUUGGAACAACAGGAGAAGCAGUUUGCCGACAAAUUCGCCGAGAUCGAACAGGAACUCGCCGAAGAAUCACAACAACAACACCACGAACAACAAGGAGCUGACGACCGCGACCUUGAGCGCGACCAGUUCGCUCGAAUCGCUCAGGAAAUCAAUACUACAGUCGGCGAAAAGACGCUGGGCGACGCUGAGCUCCAGGCUAAAUUUGCCCAGCUGGGGUUCAUGAAUUUGAUGCACCGAGUGGCUAACAAGCAAGUGGAGCUUGACGGUGACCAAUUACGAGACACGGCUACGGGCGAGCAGGCCAAAGUCGAGCAGGACGACACCACGGUGCCGCUAUCGCAGCCGGUGUCGGCGCCGCUGAGGCUGCCUGACUACCAUGCUCCGAUGCACGAGCCCGUGGUGACGAGAGUGGCUCCCCCCUCAGCAUUGGAGUCGAUGGAGCGCCCUGAAGAACGCCCCGAGCACCAGAACAAGCUUCCCGACCCUUUAGCCCACAUUGCCGACGGGGCGUUGGCGGAUAUCACCGACCCGUUGAUGAUGGCGCAGGUGGUGCUGGGGGGCCAGGUACAGCGCCAGGCGUGGCUCGACGCCGACGUCGACUGGAUGGACGCCACGGGGCCCUACCAGCCGAAACCCUACGUGCCUCCUGGGCGGGGCUCCGAUGGGCCCCGGAGCAUUUUGAACCCGCACGAGCAGGAGGUGUUUGACGACUAUCGGCACGACGACGACUACCAUUGA